GGGCUGCUGAGGUGGGCUAGCCGAGCUUCCUGAGGAGGGUGGCGCCGGGCUCGCGGUUCUCUGAGGUUGGUCGUAUCUGACUUUGGUUCUUGCGUGAAUGCGGAUGUUGAUCGAGUCGCUCAGGAGUUUAUGAAAAUGGAAAAUUAUGAGGCAUUUGUAGGCUUUGACCUAUGUAAGAUACCACUGUCCAGUGUUGCUCAGAAGAUUAUGUCUGCUAUGCAUUCAGGUGAUUUAGUGGAGUCUAAGAAUUGGAGAGAAAGUGAAAAGACUGCAGAAGUGGUAGACAAAUCCAGUGCUAAGUAUUCAGUACUACUUGAAGAUGGGAAGAAUCAACCACUGGAAAAAAUGAAUCUUAAUUCUCUUACAAGCCAGACAUCAAGAGUUUGCAUCAAGUUCUCUCCUCAGUCCUCCAAUAUCAGACUCACAGAUCAAUUGUCUAGUGACCAAAACCAGAAGAGCAUCAGCUCAUCGGCUUCUUCCAGGUGCUUAACUCCACAGUGUGACCAAGAGGCCUCAGUUCUACGGAAAAUGGGACGUGAAAGAAAACAGCUGCCAAAGGAAAAUAUAAGUAAUGAAAGCAACAAAGAAAGCAUGAAUCUUAAAAGAAAACAUAUCACAUGUAAUAAUUCAUCAGAGAAAACAAGUAAACUUAUGGCAUUGGAAGAAGAUGCUGAUGAGGUUGAAACCUACCUAAAUUCUGGGAACUCAAAAGCAUUCAAAGACGAUUUUUGUGAUGUUAGAUAUUUGGAUGCUUUGGAGAAAAGCCAGCUGAUUGAAAUGCUCAAACAGGCAGUGGCCUUGGUGGUAACUCUGAUGUAUAAGGAUGGCUCAACUCAGCUGAGAGCUGACCAGGUUCCAGUUUCCUCUGUUAAAGGCAUUGUGAUGUUACUAAGGAGCCGUGCAGAGGAAGGCAGUGGUCCUCUGGCUGCCCCAGCCUCUGACAGUGCUCUGGAGGAAGGUUUCACGCCCAGUGAUCCGUGUAUCUACAUAAAAACUGAGCACUCUUCUAUCUGGGGCCAAGAGCAAGAGGCACACCAUCAAUUUGCCAGGAACGUGCUGCUUCAAACACUGAAACGUAAAUGCCCAGUUAUUUGUUUUAACGCAAAGGAUUUUGUGAGAACAGUGCUGCAGUUUUUUGGCGAUGAUGGCAGUUGGAAGUGUGUUGCUGAUUUUGUGGGGCUAGAUCCCAGAAUUGCUGCAUGGCUUAUAGAUUCUAGUGAUGCUGCAGCUUCUUUUGAAGAUUUAGUGGCAAAAUACUUCAGGAACUCCAUCACUGUCAAGGUGAACAGCACAUAUGGAAAUUCCUCAAGGAAGACUGUGAACCAGAAUGUAUGUGCGAACCUGAGGGUGCUCUACAGACUUACGAUGGGCCUUUGUUCCCAGCUGAAGGUUUAUGGUUUAUGGCAGCUGUUUUGUACUUUAGAGCUUCCUCUGAUACCAAUUUUGGCAGUGAUGGAAAGCCACCGCAUUCGGGUGAACAAGGAAGAGAUGGAGAGGACUUCGGCACUUCUUGGGUCUCGUCUCAAGGAGCUGGAGCAAGAAGCCCAUUUUGUUGCAGGAGAACAGUUUCUUAUAACGAGCAACAAUCAGCUUCGAGAGAUCCUGUUUGGCAAACUACAGCUGCAUCUGCUGCGCCCAUGGGAGACUCUUCCCAAAACAGGGCUGCAAAGACACCUGUCCACAUCAGAAGCCGUGUUAAAUGCUCUGCAAGACCUUCAUCCAUUACCCAAAAUAAUUUUGGAAUAUAGGCAGGUUCACAAGAUCAAGUCCACCUUCGUAGAUGGAUUACUAGCUUGCAUGGAAGAGGGCUCCAUUUCCUCCAUGUGGAACCAGACUGGAACUGUGACUGGAAGACUGUCAGCGAAGCAUCCUAAUAUCCAGGGUAUCUCCAAGAAUCCAAUUCAAAUAACUAAACCUCAAAAUUUUAAAGGUAAAGAUGACAAACUCCUCACCAUCUCGCCGAGGACCAUGUUUGUUUCAUCCGAAGGCCACACCUUCCUAGCAGCAGACUUUUCACAGAUCGAAUUGCGCAUUCUUGCACACUUAUCUGGGGACCCAGAACUUCUGAAGUUAUUCCGGGAAUCUGAAAGAGAGGAUGUGUUUUCCACCCUGACUUCUCAGUGGAAGGACGUCUCCCCGGAACGCGUGACGCGUGCAGAUAGGGAGCAGACCAAGAAGGUGGUGUACGCGGUGGUCUACGGGGCAGGGAAGGAGCGGCUGGCUGCUUGCCUCGGAGUCACCGUUCAGGAAGCUGCCCAGUUUCUGGAGAGUUUUUUGCAGAAGUACAAGAAAAUCAAGGACUUCACCCAGGCGACCAUUGCCCGGUGUCAGCAGACAGGCUGCGUGGCGUCCGUCGCGGGCAGGAGGAGGCUGCUGCCGAGGAUCCGGGCCCGCGACCCGCAGCUCCGGGCGCAGGCAGAGCGGCAGGCGGUGAACUUCGUGGUGCAAGGCUCGGCCGCGGACCUCUGCAAGAUGGCCAUGAUCCGCCUCUUCACGGCAGUGGCCGCAUCUCCCACCCUGACGGCCAGGCUGGUUGCCCAGAUCCACGAUGAGCUGCUCUUCGAAGUGGAGGCGUCGCAGGUCCCUGAGUUCGCAGCGCUCGUCCGGGGCGCCAUGGAGGCCCUGCAGCGUGUGCCAGCGCUGGAGCUGCAGCUGCAGGUGCCCCUGAAGGUGAGCCUGAGUGUCGGCCGCUCGUGGGGACACCUGGCGCCACUGCAGGAGGCCCCGGGCCCCCGGCUCCACCAACGUCCUGCCGAGUCUCCAAGCAGCCCUCGGCCACCGCGGGUCCCUGCGUGCCUACCCCGGUGUGUGCAUUUUUCACCUUCAUUUGGUCUGUAG